AUGCAGCUUUCCGACUUGCCUAUUGAACUACUCAUCAGAGUCCUCCCAAUAGAGGAUUGUCUUCUAGACUUGCCGAAUGAGAUCAUCAUUCCUUGGUUGAAUUUGUUGCCCCAGGUGGAACUGUUUAGAAUUUUAGGGGAUAGUGGAUGUGGUAUAAUGCUUACCAAAGAACGUCCGAAAGCAUACACCACCAUAUCAGGUAAGAGAUGCACCAAAUAUGGAAAUUGUUUUGAAGAAGUAGACGCUGCUCUUCGAAAAGUGUUUGAAAAAUUUGCCUGCAAGAUCUUUAUCAUAGCUGGACAACCUAUUGAAGCCAAAUAUUACAAGAAGUAUAUAAUAUUUGACUUUGAAACAGUGAAGAAUUUGAUUUGUGAAUACUAUCCUUUACUGAGCUGCCUUGGAGUUUGGACAGGGUGUGAUCUACAAGUUGUUAAUCUAUGGACUCCUUAUUUUAUGUGGAAUGUGUAUGAGGGUUUAAAAAAAUUGAGUGUUUUCCACCCUUCAAGGUUUCAUGUGGCUCCUGAAUUAAUAAAGUUUUCCAACUCUUGGUUUAACGACAAUGAACUAUUGAGUCAAUGGGUACUAUCUACCUACCAAGAUUGGGUGCAGUGGAUUGAAAACUUGGAGAUAGUCAUGUCUGUUGAUGAAUUUAUUGAAAUGAAAAGCAAUGUUUCGUAUAUGGUUAACCUUUUACAACCUAAAGAGGUGAGGAUACACUUGAAUUUGGUUGAAAACAGAGCAGGAGGCGAAGAAAGCACAAAACAUCCAACCGAUUUUCCUAUCGAAUGGGUCACUGAUUUGUUCGUUGUAAAUAAGGUUCAGAUAUUUACUUUGCAUUAUUUUGAAUCCCACACCACAUUUGAUGGCCUUGGCAAAUUACUACGGGAAAUGCCCCUACUCUUGGAGCUCGAUCUAAGCUUUGGAAAGUUGGACCUAGAGAAUGUUGCAGGG